AUCUAUAUUCAUUCAUAAUCAUAAUAAUAAAUACACACACAUACUGUCUUUGAACAACCGUGUAUCUUCUUCCACCUUUCUUUUGCUAUCCUUUUUUCCCCUCCUCCAAUCUAUAUUCAUUCAUAAUCAUAAUAAUAAAUACACACACAUACUGUCUUUCAACAACCGUGUAUCUUCUUCCACCUUUCUUUUGCUAUCCUUUUUUCCCCUCCUCCAAGUGGGGAUUUUUCUUACAAUUUCUGGGAAUUCGGAUCUGGAAUGCUAAUCUUGCUUUAUAUCGUAAUCUGGGUUGUGCUGCUUUUCGUUGACACUCUCAUCUUUUUUGCUCUCCGUGGGGGAUUAUCUUCCGAAAAGAAGCAGAUAUGCCUACGCUUGUUAAUUACAGUCACAGAGGUGAUGAUGACUUCCUUGCUGGGAGCUCAAUGUGUUCAGCAGAUCUGGGCCUUCUGUUAUCUCUCAGUCAUGGGGAUGUUUAUUGCCCGGCUAGAAAGAGGGCAAGAAUCAGCGGCCCGUUUGUGGUGGAAAAUCAGACAAGGAAACCAUCCAUCGAAACCCUUCCUGAUGAAUGCCUAUUUGAGAUCUUUAGACGAUUGCCGGGAGGCCGAGAGAGGAGCUCCUCUGCCUGCGUUUCCAAGCGUUGGCUCAUGCUCAUCAGUGGUGUCCGUACAUGUGAUAAAAUCAAUGCGGGGGCUUCACAUGAGCUGCAAAUGUCCCCUGCUAAUGAAGAUAUUGAAGUAGAAUGUGACGGGUACCUAUCCAGGUCUGUUGAAGGGAAGAAAGCCACCGAUGUUAGACUUGCUGCUAUGGCAGUGGGAACUUCAUCCCGAGGGGGACUUGGAAAGCUCUAUGUCCGAGGGAGCAACACUUCUCGUGGAAUCACUAAUACCGGCUUAUCAGCAAUUGCACGUGGCUGCCCUUCCCUAAGGGUCCUAUCAUUGUGGAAUGUACCUAAUGUCGCAGAUGAGAGUCUUUUAGAGAUUGCCAGGGAAUGCCAUUCAUUGGAGAAGCUUGAUCUAUGCCAGUGUCCUUCUAUUUCUAACAAAGGUCUUGUUGCAAUUGCAGAAAAGUGUCCAAACCUAACCUCAUUGACCAUCGAAUCGUGUUCAAAUAUCGGAAACGAGGGACUGCAAGCGAUCGGAAGGCACUGUACAAAAUUGCAGUCCGUUUCCAUCAAGGACUGCCCUCUAGUUGGCGAUCAGGGUGUGGCAAGUCUUCUUUCCUCACCGUACGCUUCUUCUGUCUUAACAAAAGUGAAGCUCCAUGCUUUGAACAUCACUGAUUUCUCACUUGCUGUCAUUGGACACUACGGCAAAGCCAUCACUUGCCUUACCCUCAACUUGCUUCAUAAUGUGAGCCAGAAGGGGUUUUGGGUCAUGGGUAAUGCCCGAGGCUUGACGGCAUUGUCUUCUUUGGCAAUCUCAUCAUGUAGGGGGUUGACAGAUGUGAGCCUUGAAGCGUUGGGUACGGGAUGCCAGAAUGUAAAACUGACGUGUCUCCGCAAGUGCUGCUUUGUGUCCGACCAUGGGCUUGUUGCAUUCACUAAAGCAGCUGAAUCCUUAGAGAAAUUGCAGUUAGAGGAGUGCAACAGGAUCACCCAGACCGGCAUUCUGUAUGCCGUUUCAAACUGCAGGAAGUUAAAGUCGCUUUGCGUGGUGAAGUGUAUGGCUAUGAAGGACAUAAUAGCUCCAGAAACUGUCGUCCUGGCACCGUGCGAAACUCUAAAAUCUUUGUCUAUACGGAACUGCCCGGGUUUCGGAAGCACUAGUCUAGCUAGAGUGGGCAAGCUCUGCCCUCAACUUCAUCACUUAGAUCUGAGCGGCCUCUACGGGAUAACGGAUACUGCCCUUCUCCCUCUUCUGGAGAGCUGUAAGGCUGGGCUUGUCAAGGUGAAUCUGACCGAGUGCCUGAAUUUGACGGAUGAAGUGGUGGUAGCGCUGGCUAGGCUGCACGGACAGACACUCGAGGUGUUGAACCUUGAUGGGUGCAGGAAGGUUACCGAUGCCAGCAUGGAAGCAGUUGCCGAGAACUGCAUUUUUCUUAACGAUCUCGACGUUUCAAAAUGUUCGAUAACUGAUUCGGGUGUCGCUGUGUUGUCUCAUCAUGGUGUGCAAAUGAAUCUGCAGGUUCUUUCCUUGUCGGGUUGCACAAUGGUGUCAAGGAAGAGCGUUCCUUCACUUAGGAAGCUAGGGAAGAGUCUGCUUGGUUUGAAUCUUCAACACUGCAAAUCCAUGAGCGGCAGUGCGAUUGAUUUGCUCGUGGAGAGCUUAUGGAGGUGUGAUAUCCUCUCGUAAGCAAGGGCACAUAUUGAUGCAACAUGGAAGCAUCAUACAUCUUGUUGAUCGGGUCCUAGAUGUGCACGCAUGCAUGUGGUUUUUCUCCCAUAUCCUCUAUGGGUUCAUCAUGUAGUUUCAGCGACUUGGUUGUUUUCCACCGGGCCACGGUGGACACCUUUUUCACCUCAUAUAUAAUUGUGUGUUUUUGCAGGCGACCUGAAAUGUUGCCUGCUUGCUGAAACUCUUUUUCUCUCCUGAGAGAACACAGCUCUACCAGUCCUGAAACUAAAAUUUUCACAGGCAACGUGCCAUCUAUAGAUCCCAAGGAGCCCGGAUCAACAAGUUACCUCUGAUGAUGCUUGUCAUGCGCCUUUGUGUUGUGUAAAAAUAAAAAAGGUCUGUCCUUUUAUGUUGUGUGAGCAUGUUUGUGAUGUUAAGAGUGUGGUUCGUUUUGUUAUGAACAAUAAUGUAUGGAGGAUAUUGUUGCAUGCUGCAAGUUGGAGGCCACGGAAACUGAUGCUAAGACUACUCCUCUGGGUGGAGUCUUGGUUUUUAAGGAUAAGCAAAUCCUGUUUCAUCAGGUUCCUGCUCCUCUACUGUACUGUGCAACAAUUCCUCUUUGUGUGUGAAUUUGUCAACAAAUGUAUUUGCAGUUCUUCCUUUGUGUAUGAAACAUUAUCGUUGAGUUGAUUGCUACCUGCAUUUUCCCUCCUUCAUGAUACAUACAUUCGUGUUGAUUUAUUUGUUUUUCUCCACUAUUAAUUUACAUUGUGAAGAGUGUCAGUUUCACCAAUUGUUACCUGCAAACCUACACAACAAAUUACGUCAGAAAAGUUGGUUGUUUUAUUUUCUUUUUUGGGCUCUCC